AUAUAAACCCGAUCGCAUUCGUCACAAUGAGGUAAGUGAUUUCGGCAUCUUAACGGAGUCAAACAAAAUUGUGUUUAAAAGUCUUUGAAAUAUUGACACAACGUGCGGUAUAUCAACACUUCGUUAUUAUGUAGGACACCUUUAUUUGUUGUCGACCUAUUUCUGUAUUGGGACAUGCAUAACAACGGCCAAUUGCCAAGCCAGCUAGUGCUGUAUUUCGAACCAGAAAAAUGAUACACCGGGAAAGGCUGUGUAUACACCAAGCGUCCACUUCCGAGAGUUAGACAGUGAUUUUCCAUCAGCAAAUUUGGACGGAAACAACUGAAAACGGAGAAAGGACAGCCUUGUUCGAGAUCUUUUAGACGACCUACUGCCAUCCGGACUCAUGGAGAACAACAGUCUUUUCAAGAAAACGACUGUCCCAGGAGCCCAGGCAUGGCAGAAACCAGAGCCAGAUAUCAAUCGAAUGUCUGCAUACUACAAUCGCAUCAAAGAAUAUUGCCGACAAGUCUUUACAAUCAACCAGUCAAGUGGACAUAUUAACAAAGAUGGUGCAUCAAGCCAUAGGGAGAACGAACUUCGACAGAAGAUUUUAACCGAAACAAAGAUAUCUCUGGAGCUGGCGAGGGAAGAUGCUUUCCGAAAAGCUGCCGAGCGACGCGGGAAAGACCCCAUCUUAUGCCGUGUCAAGAAAACAAUGGGAAACUUUUCCGAUUUUCGGGGGUACGCAGUGAAGCUGGAGAACAGACUCCGAGAGGAAAGGAAGAGGACCGGGGUUUUGAGAAGGAAGUGGGAACGCGAGUUUCACAGAGCAAACAAGUUCGAACGUGAAAAGCGAGAAGUUGAGAAGAAGAUCAAACGGAUGUCAGAUAUGCUUGUCAGGAUGAGGGAAAUGCUUGUCACCCUGGAGGAAGAGAAUUCUAAAUACAAGACCGAUCUUGAAGAAGCUCUUCUGAAAGUACAAGAAAAGGAAGAAGACAACGAGUUCCUAGAGGUUUCCUGGCAUGAAGCCACUAAAGCAAAGGAAAAAUUGGAACGAGAACUCAUCAGACUUUUGAAAGACACAGCGGACUGUCAGUUCAAAGACCUAAAUGAAAUUCAUUUCGCAUUACUCAGAAAGACUACACCCCUAGCGAAAGUGAAUAUUGCCGAGAAAUACGAACCUAUCGUUGACAAGACCAAUUCUGUCAUCACUCUUGGCGGAGGGGCCUUCGGGAGAGUUUUCGCUUACCGGCAGAAGCGUGGACGACAAGGAAAGACCGUGGCGAUGAAGAUAUUGCACGCGACCGCUGACGACUACGAAGUACGUCGGCAGGAGAUCAUCCUCGAAGCGCGCCUCAUCAGACUCUUCGCCGGCACCGGCGUAUUUCCGCGCAUGUACGGGGUCGGUAGUCUCGGGAAUAAUACUGCCAUUGCAAUGGAGUUUCUAGGUGAUGAUAGCACGUAUAAGGUGAGGACUCUGAAUACAUGGACGCAAGAGGAACACGUCAGCAUCCACCACGCAAAGACAGUGAUGCUUGAUAUCCUUUCUGCCUUGAAGGCCUUACACUCGAUGGACAUCUUGCACAAUGACAUCAAGGGUGAUAAUGUAAUCGUCAAACAAUCCGACCACGACUUAUUCAGUGGGUACCUUAUCGAUCUGGGUAAUGCAUCGACGACGCUCCUGUCCGCGAUCUACGACUUUGGGCAGACCGAGAGAGAUUAUUAUGAAGAGGAUCCGUUGUCGAUCCACUACGCACCAGAAUUGAUAUUUGACAACGCAGCGACGACCCGAGCGAGUGAUGUGUAUCAGAUUGGACAACUCAUUUACAUUAUGGGAUAUGACUUAGGAAACGAUGAUCUUAAAGAUAUAGGAGAGAAAUGCCUGUAUAGGGAACCUUUAUCGCGUAUAAAGCUCUUGGACCUUAUCGAACUGAUAUCUCAGUUAUGACCCUAAAGGGAACUGAUCUCCGAUAAUCUCUUCCUUUAUCAUUGAGAAUAAUAUUAAAACAUGAAUGUAUACCUUUCAAAAAGCAGUAGGAAAUUAUACUCAAUGCUCAGUUAAAAAAAUGUUCAAGUUGAAGGGUUAAAGUAAAUAUUGGUCAUUGGAUAUGGGGUAAAUAUGACAGGGUAUAGGACAUGUGGUAUAUGAUUUCUGGAUAGUAUGUAGUGCGCCACAAUGGAUUAUAGGAUGUGGUAUAGGAUAUGGGGUACAGGAUACGGUACCGGAUAUGAGGCAAAGGUUUUAGUACAGGAUAAUGGGGUAUAGUAUGUGGGGUUAGAAUGAUCGGAUGGGGUAAAGGAUAUGCCAAAGGAAAUGGGAUGGAAUGUGUGAUUUUGGACUUGAGGCAUUUAAAAUAUGGGGCAGGGUAUGACAUUGGUUUAGGAUAUAAUAUGGGGUGUAUGAAAAAAGGGUGGCACUUUGAAAUACAAAGGCUGAGAUGUGGGAAAAUCCGAGGAAUUAUAACGCUUUUCACUCUUAAAUUUCUGCGACUCUUUGACCCUUUUGAGGGGUGAUGCACCCCUUUCUACACUUUUAUUUUCCAGAGUUCAGUCUCUAGGAUAGAUUUUCAUAUUAUCAUUAUUAUUAUUAUUAUUAAUUUACCUUUUUAUUUGACCUCAGUUUAAUUUUAUCUAAACGAUAUAGAAUUAAGACAUGGGUUCUACGAACAAGGGAGAAACAAAAUAAUUUCGUGGACUGAUAUCAUCGACCACUGCUUUCAUUAUGAAAUUGUAUAUCAUGGAAAUGUAGCUAUUCGAUCUUAGUUGUAGAAAUAAAAGAUUUAAAUUUAUGUACGUAAGAAGAGAUAUUUUAUAUUCACUACAAAUUCAUAUAUAAUACACUCUAAAACAAACUAUUCAAACUGAAUAUGAUCCAAAUCUACUUGGGCUUGUAUAUUAUUAUCAAGUUUUUCAGAUUCUGCUCAAAUAUUCAAUAUUCAGGCACUAGAUUUUAGAUUUUGUUCUGAAAUUGAUCUUUUUUUUAAGACAAAAGGAGUUGAAUGUGAUAUGGAAACCAUAGGUUGGUAGUAUUAAGUUUGUUUAGUAUGUUUCGAGAGGGUUUUAUCAGACCAUUUAUACACUGCCUUAAUUUCUCUUUUCAGUUUUGCGAUUAGUUAUUAAAGAGAAAUGGGCCUGAUUUAAAGCCCAAUCUUAUACAACGUAUUUGAUUUAUUCACAAUAGAGAGCUGCUGCCAUACGUUAUUCAUCUUGAAUAUUAUAUCUACUAGUAUUAUUCUUGUAUUAUAAUCACUUAUCAAUAUUUUUUAAAUCGUGCAUAUUAUACCAUCUUAUAGGAAUAUGCUGAUAAUAAUAAUCACUGAAGUUGAAGCGUUGAGCCGUUAUGAUUUUUGUUUUAUAACGAUUAAUUGCUAUAUACUGCUGCUUUUCUUGUAAAAUCGUCACAAACUAUGAACGAAUAUCGCAAUUACACAGUGAUACUAGUAUCAUUUAUUGUAAUACAUCAAAAGAUAUUGCACAAACCUGAAAGUGAAGCGACAGCACGGGAUAAAUUGAUCUAAAGACGAAGGUAUAUUGCAAAUUGUUUUGAGCAGAUAUGAACUAAAAUAGACAUCUAGCCUAUAUCAAUGUUGUGGUUGUCGAAAUGUGAAUUGCCCGAGUAUAUUAAGUGUAUUUUGUCGUAUUUUGAUUGUCUUAUUGUGUUUUGAUACAUAAAAUAUAUACGUUCACCUAGAAUCUCUACAUAUUGUAAAAUACCAUGGAUCAGAUAUUGUGAAAAUCUUUUGAUGUUUUGAAAUGAAACAAUACUGUGUACAUAAGAUGCUAUUAUGUUCAAUAAAGGAUCCCCUGUAAAAGGGUUAAAAGAAAAUAAAA